CCGUGCGAGCAGCGAAAAUUCUGGUGGUGAGCUGCCAGGAUACAGGCGACAUCCUUAGCGCAAUCGAAAACGAUGAGGACUGCGCGAAGCAUCGCGACACCAUGGAAAAGCAGGCAUUGAACGAGGGCUUAAUAACUGGAGCUGGAGAAGGCGACUGGAAGAGUCUGGUGCUGAGCUACAUCAAAGUGGAUGCGGCAUCUACAGAGGAAUUUGCAGGUGAAUGCGGAACGCGAAUCGUCCUGACCACGUAUUUCUCCUUCGGGAAGGUGCAUGAGGUGGUCACGACCCUAGGUGUUGCAGUCGGGCGCCUCAUUCUCGAUGAAGCCCACUGGGUCUGCGGCAGCCGAGCACAGAAGCUCAUCUUCAACGACAUCCUCCAGUGCCUGUGCGAUAGAAUCAUUUUCUUGACGGGCACUCCGGUGCAACGAAACGGGAUCAAAAUGAUAGAGGACUGCGGUUACAUGCCGAAACCAUACCUUUACAACAGCGCUAUAGAGGACGGUAUUUGCUGUCGGAUCGAGCCUGUCGUCGCGCAGAUGGAGAAGCCGCCAAGGUAUCUGGCGAGCAUUCGGCAGACUGCAGCCCAAAACGGAUUGGACGAGGAGGCAUGCGAUAUUCUGGACGGGAUCAUUCGCACUAUUCUGAGAAAAGCGAACGUACGUACCGCAUGGAAUAUUGUGCUGUAUCACCAGUUCGGAUCGACGAAGCGUCCCACGUUGACAAGUAAGUCCGUUGCAAAUAGAGUAAUCGUGGAGAAGCGUGGCACAAGUCCAGAAGCCCCGGUGAAGCGCGUUUCGCAGCAGUAUUUCAGUGCUGCGCUUGAGCUCAUCCAAACGAACGAAUUUGGCAGCAACACCUUCAAAUUCAAGGGAGAAGACGCACAAUUGGCGUGUAUCGCGCGGCGCCCGCCUUCGCUCCCAGAUGACGCUCCCGAGGACGAUUGCUACUAUCCGAAGCCCGAAGACGAGCAGAAGUACCGAAAGCGGUUCUGCGUCGCGCCAAGGCCAGGCCAAAUUUCGCUGGUCACAAACUGCAAGGUGUGGGAGGAAGGAACUGACGUACCAUAUGCAAAUAUGAUGGUUCCAGUGACACCGAGCAGGAGUUUCAAAACGGAAACGCAGCGGCAGAUGCGAGCCUGUCGGAGGCGGGACGACGACGAUGGUCACCCAGCUGUCAUUCUGUUUCUGGCUGAGCGCGGGUCACAGCUUCGCCCGCCAGACAAUCAGGCUCAGAGUAACCUCUUCCGCUCCGACGACUUCCUCCAGAAAGCUCUUGGUCCGAGAAAAACGGCCCUGAUAGCGGUUCUGUCGCUGUUAUACCUCCAGAAGUUCUCCAGUAAGGACGAGGAUCCAGAUGUCGACACCGUGGCGGAACUCGCGGGUUGGACCGCGGCAGAUGAGGAUCCAGAAUCCGAGGACGACGAUGAGCAGCCCCCGGCGAUGAGCAACACAAAUCCAGAAGCUUUGGGAGCCACGCGUGACAAGUUGCAGUCCGUAGCGUAG